UUGGCUAGCAGUGGCCGUGACGGCAAACUCCGGGGUCGACUUCCUGGCCAUGCCGGUCAAGAAGAAGGUCCUGAAGAAGGGCUCGAAGGGCGGGAAGAUUGUCUCCGGCGAGGAGCAAGGCUCGCCCAAAGCCUCGCCCAAGGCGUCGCCCAAGGCGUCUCCGAAGGAGGAGAAGCAACUCAAAAAGAAGCAAGCUCAAAAAGAGAAGAAAGCUCAGGAGGAUCAAGGAUCAACCCCGACAGAUGCAUCGGCUAAGGCGAAGAAAAAAGAAAGUAGUCAACCGAAUAAGCCAGGAAAGCCUGAACCUCGACCUCCGCCCACACCUCAGGAGAAGGCGGCAGCUGCGAAGAAGGUCAUCGCACUGAUCAAAAAUGCGCUGAAUAAUCCUGAGGAGGCAAAGAAAGGCAACGGCAACGGCUUUUGGAUCCCAAGAGAUUGGACAAUGAAUUUCAAGCCCAUCUUGGGGCCUUACCGCAAGUUUGUGGACAGCUGCGCUUGCUUUCGGACCGUGAGUUCAACAAAUCAAGCAAACUGGACGAUUGAACUGGUGGAGGGCGGGGCAGAAGCUACCAAGGCAGUUUGGGAGGUCCUCCUCGGUCAGGCCUACCAGAAGUGCAUUCUGGAAGACAAGGACCCGCAGGAAUUUGUCAAUGCAGCGAAGGCUUUGGCUGCCGUGCCUGUGAAGAGAAAGGCAGAAGAGACAUCGGAGACCACAAAAGCAUCAAAGAAGAAAGCCUCAGAGCCGGAGAAACCCUUGGCAAAGAAGAAAGCAGAACCAGCCAAAGCCAUGAAGAAGGACAAGAAAGCCAAGACGAAGGAAAAAGGGGAAGAUGCUGAGUGAGACAGACCCAACGGCGCGGCUUUUUUGCGGGGCAGCCUAAGACCCCGAAGAAGCUGCGCUUGCGCGCUGGUGCGCAGCCGCAUGUGACACUGAGACUGCACACAACCACGUCUCAUUGUAGAAUGAAUGUGCGCGAUCCCGAAAGCAUGUGGCCGCAGCGUUCACAACUUAGCAACCUAGUCUAGACUUUGGCAUCAGGCUAGAGUCUUGCAGGAGCCUGCGCACCUUGGCAGGCUUCUCAACUGUCACCGGAGCAGAACACUUUGG